AUGCAGAAAAUUUUCUUUGCCCGCCCGCCCAUCCCAGUGGGUGUGGCCGAUCCGUGCCUGACGGAUCCCGCCUGUGGAUCUUCUUCUGCCAAGAUUGCGUACAAGAAUGGAGAUGUCUUUUCUUUCUUGAAGAGAAAGCACACUAUUUUGGAGUCUGGGAUUUUAGUGGAAACUUCGAGCAGCUACAUACGACACAUGGCCGAAGCACUUGAUGUCAAGCAUGGAUCGAAGUACAACACACCAUAUUUCCCGGAGCUAAUUCGCGAAGAUGUUUCCGGUCCUCUUGAUCCCGUUCGAGCAGGAAAGUUCAGGAGUGCACUGGGAAUUGCGCUCUAUUUGUCAAGUGAUCGUAUUGACAUCUGCUACUCUGUCCGAUUGUUGGCAGGAUUCAUGGCGAAUCCCAGUGAACAGGCAUGGAAGGGAUUGAUUCGACUGACGAAGUAUUUGCUGAACACGGCUGAGUAUGGCACACUUCUUUCAGCCAAGCUUCCUGGGUCUUCAGUCUUUCGCGAGGCGAGCCAUGAUGAUAUGAACCAUCGAAUGGAUAUCUACAGCGACUCUGACUGGAGUGGACACCGGGUUACAAGAAAGUCUUUUGGAUCCGCUUCGUAUGCGCUGAAUGGAUGUGUGUUCCAUCACAUUUGCAGGUCACACCGUACAGUGAGUCUUUCGUCUGCUGAAGCUGAAUGGUAUGCUGCAAUAAGUGCUGCUUGCGAAGGAAUCUUUCUGAGGGCGAUUUUCGUCUUCAUGGUAGCCGCUGCAGAAUGCUCCUUGGAUCUUAAGAUUGACAACUCAGCAGCGAGACAGUUGGCAUUGCGUCAGGGUGUGGGAAACAAAACUCGACACGUUGCAGGGCGUCUGCUGUGGCUUCAGCAAUCAGUGCGUGAGAAAGUCUUGGAUGUUGGAGCAAUUGCAAGUGCUUACAACCUUGGCGACUUGUCAACAAAGAUGCAUAGUGCUAACAGACUCCGAGCUUUGCUAUUCUUGCAUGGGUUUGUCGAUGCUUUGACAGGCGCAGCUGUGGGUGAAGAUGAUUUCGCUCGAAUGGCCUUGCAGGAACAAGCAAAGUUGCAAGUCAAGAGAGUGCGUGUUGAAUACGCUCGGCAACAUGGUGUGACUGGUUCCUUGAAGGGUGAAGCCGGCAAGCUCACAAAGCAGGUAGCGCUUCUUACUCUUCUUUGUUUGCCUACAACAUCAGAAGCGGCAGAGGCGGGGAUUCCGUACCAGAGUUAUGGCAUGUCGAACAUGACCUGGGCCACCGUCCUGCUAUGCUGCUGUUUGUGCAUUUACCGGGCCUUGAGCUGGGCUAGGGAUCUACAUGGCUUCGACAUGAACAGUCUUUUGGAGAUGAGCUCACAGGACUUUGCGUCAAAAGUGAUCAUGUGUGGACUGAUGCCGGAGUGUACCAUGGAGCAGUACAUGUGUUUCUUUCUGCUUGUGGUGGUGUGGACAAUGCAUCGCUACAUUCUUCGACUGGAAUGCGAGCUGAAGUCGACAUGCACUGAGCCGGUGAAUCGUGAGCCGAUGGGAGCCCGUUCGAGUGUCAAUGUGAAAGUUGUCAUACCCCAAGAGCUCUUUGUCACGCUUCAUGGUGAGUGUUUUCAUCACAAAAGCUGUGGAGUCUUGAAGACUUCCAGAAAUCCUUCAAAGAGGUUGAGCUUGUGCAGUCACUGCAAAGACAUGCUGACGAAUGCAGAGUAG